UAGUGUCCGGGAGUGUGAAGAUCAGGGAAGAUCAAACCUCCUCCUGGUUGACCCCUGAGCCUCCGUGUCUCCCCUUCAAGGAUACAGGUCGCACAGUAGGGACGCCACUACAGUCCUCCUGCCAACCUCGCCAAAGCCACAAUGUCACAAUUCUGUACAAUGCCAGCUGGAGAGAGGAAGAAGCAUGCAGCAGCUAUUUGCCGAGAGGUCCAUGGUACCAGCGAGGACAUCAUGGAUCUCGGAAAGAAGCUCUGCACUCCUAAAGACAUCAUGUUGGAGGAGUUAUCACUGCUUUCCAACAGAGGUUCCCGACUUUUCAAAAUGCGCCAGAGAAGAUCUGAAAAAUACACAUUUGAAAGCAUUCAGAAUGAAGCAAAUGUGCUGCUAAACAAUGAUAUGUUGAAUCAGAACGCACACACAGUGGAAAUCAAAGUGGACGCACCCAACCAUGGAGACACUGCCAAUGCAGAAAACAUUGUUUCAGACAUGACUGCAGAGAAGUUAAACACCACAGCCACGCACAAGUCAUAUCACUCGCCAUGGGAGGAGGCCAUCCUCAGUGACCCUGACCUCGCUGAGAGCGUCACACCAAGAAUGCCAGCACCAGACCCGCGGCCAGAGCUGCCUGAAUACAGAUGCUUUAACCGGGUCGCCACUCCUUAUGGUGGCUUCGACAAAGGUCCCAGAGGAAUAACAUUCAAACUGCCUGAGGUGGACCUGAACCCCCCCAGAUACCCGGAGCUCCAGGAGCCGGGGGUGAAGCGGCCCACCUUCAACAGGACGGCCCAAGGGUGGAUAUCCGAGGGAACCCACCUGAUUCUGCCCACAAUCACCUUGGAGCCCAUCAAAAUCCCAGAGUCCGAUGACCUGUAGAUGAUUUAUCUAACAACACGGUGGCAGGCUGUGGUAUUUUUUUGGCUCUACCUAUGACAACAAAGCAGUCAGUUUGUAGCGCAGUUGCAAUUCUUCUUACCACUAUUUGAGAUUUUUGUUCCCAUGUGAUGGACACAAAAUGUUUCAUGUGUUUGUUCUUCAGUUACCUAGCAUGUUUACUACACACUGGAAUCCAAAGAAAAUCAUGUAAAUAGCAAAAGGAAUGUGAUGUCCAGGACAUUAUUCAGGACGAGUUUCCGCCGCUGCUGAAAACAAAACUGUAAAUUUUAAACAUGUUCAAAUGAAUUGAUGAAACAUGUAAUGUAAAUAAAAAAAAAAUGCAGCUUUAGCAAAACUGGAA